GGUUCAGUUCUGCUGAAGCUGUGUUCUCUCACUGCAAAACAGAGCAUGAGUUUAAUGUUAGUGAUGUGAUCCAGAAACAUGGACUCAAUUUUUAUGGAUACAUUAAACUAAUAAACUUCAUCAGAUUAAAGAAACCAACAGGAGCAUAUUUGAGUUCUCUCAGCAGCCCACUGCCUUGGAAAGGAGAGGAAUAUCUGAAACCAGAACUAGAAGAUGAUCUCCUCCUUCAGUUUGAUAUAGAAGAUCUUUGUGAACCUGCAAACGUUGUGCCCUGUAAUGGUUUAAAUGAUACCACAGUGCUCCUUGAACAGUUAAAACACACAGAACACAGAGCAAGAGCCGCAGAAGCAGCCUUGGCUAGAGCACAGGAGGAUCUUCAGAAAAUGAAACGAUUUGCCCAGGAUUUUGUGAUGAACACAGAUGUCAGGAGCAGCUCAUCAUCCAGCGCCAUUGCAGACCUUCAGGAGGAUGAGGAUGGUGUUUACUUCAGCUCCUAUGGGCAUUAUGGGAUACACGAAGAGAUGCUAAAGGAUAAAGUACGUACAGAAAGCUAUCGUGACUUCAUCUAUCAAAACCCACAUAUCUUCAAGGACAAGGUGGUUUUGGAUGUUGGCUGUGGAACUGGAAUACUCUCCAUGUUUGCUGCCAAAGCAGGUGCGAAGAAAGUGAUUGGAGUUGACCAAUCUGAAAUCAUCUAUCAGGCCAUGGACAUCAUUAGAUUAAAUAAACUUGAAAGUAUUAUUACAUUAGUCAAAGGAAGAAUCGAAGAAGUAGAUCUGCCUUUGGAAAAAGUGGAUGUAAUUAUAUCUGAAUGGAUGGGUUAUUUCCUUCUCUUUGAGUCAAUGCUGGAUUCUGUCAUCUAUGCAAAGGACAAGUACCUGGCAGAGGGAGGCUCAGUUUAUCCUGACAUUUGCACCAUUAGUCUGGUAGCUGUUGGGGAUAUGAAUAAACAUAUGGACAAGCUACUUUUCUGGGAAGAUGUAUAUGGCUUCGACAUGUCUUGUAUGAAGAAAGCUGUAAUUCCAGAAGCUGUUGUUGAGGUGCUGGAUCCAAACACACUGAUAUCUUCAACCAGUGUCAUUAAGCAUAUCGACUGUAAUACUGCAUCCUCUCCAGACUUGGAAUUCUCUUCAGAUUUCACCCUGAGCAUUACAAUGAGCACAAAGUGCACGGCAGUUGCUGGUUACUUUGAUAUAUUUUUUGAGAAGAACUGUCACAACAAGGUCUCAUUUUCCACUGGUCCCCAGUGUACCAAAACACACUGGAAACAGACAGUUUUUCUCCUGGAGAAACCAAUUCCUGUAGAAGCAGGAGAGGCCCUGAGAGGGAAGAUCGCAGUCCGCAAAAACAGAAAGGAUCCACGGUCCCUCCUCAUAACCCUGUCAGUGAAGGACGUGCAGCAGACCUACAGCCUCCAGUGAAAAUCCUGGGCACAUAACUUUGGGAGGUGUUAAAGUCAAAGAACUGUUUUUAAAUAUCCCAGAAUGGCAAACUCUUGGAUUUGUGUGCGUGUAUGCACACACGGGAAUAUGGAAAAUUUGCCUGGAAUUGAGAGAGCACUGUUGGGAUGCUUUUGCUCUGGGACAUGGAGGCUGACAACAAAAUUGGAUUCUGCUGCUUCCCUUAUGUGAGGAAGGCAAGAAAGAUGGCUUUGGGUUACAUGAGACUACUGGGUGAGAAAAAUGAGUGUGAAGUCUUGCUGUGAGGAACA